AUAUGUAAAAUUGCCCAUAAUUUAAGAGCAGACAUGGCUAAGGAGCUUGUUUCUCUCCAACUUCUCCCACCACAAUUUCACAUUCCACGCCAUUUCAUUGCCCUUUCUUCUCCUUCAACCCUCAAUCUCCGCCCCAAACCACCGCAAAACCCAAUCUUUAUCCGCCGAGCAACCACCCAAUCUCACCGCCACAAAACUUCCAACGACGACGACGCAAUCCCAGCCAACGAAGUGAAAACCAUCGCGAAAUUCAAAUCCCGCCACAAUUACAUAAGAGUCAUUGAAGUUUCCCGAAAAACAGAGCACCCUCUCGCCGGCUCACGCCUCCUCCUCCUCGAUAAUCCCGGUAACAUCCACAGCAUCUCUUUCCUCCUUAAAACUUUAACCGACAGUUACUUCGACGUCUUCGCUACCCUGCCUCCGAUUAUCCCUCCCGGACCCAUCGGCGUUCUCGGAUUCGGAGCCGGUUCAACAGCCAGAUUGAUUCUCGAGCUUUACCCUCCCGAAAUCACCGUCCAUGGCUGGGAAAUCGACCCUUGUGUAAUCGACGUCGGAAGAGAGUAUUUUGGCCUCUCUAAGCUCGAGAGGGAUCACAAAGACAGGAUUUUUAUCAACAUUGGAGACGCCUUGAACGCUAGCGUCAAAACCGGGUUUUCGGGUAUUUUAGUUGAUCUUUUUAGUGAAGGGAGUGUGAUCGAAGAGCUCCAAGAUCCAAAAGUGUGGAAGAGUUUGAAAAGCAGGUUGAGGAAGAGAGGGAGGAUUAUGGUGAAUGUUGGAGGAAGAUGUGUGGAAGCUGAGGAUUCAGAGAGAGAUGGGGAUUUGGUUAUGGAGGAAACGUUGAAAGCAAUGAGCCAGGUUUUUGGUGAUAAGCUCUUUGUUCUAACGCUCGGGAAUGGUAAUGAUAGCUCCCUGGCUCUAACCGGUGAUUUACCCGAUCUUGAUGCGUGGAAGAAGAGACUCCCACUUCCCGAAUUGCGCAGCUUUGUUGAUAUGUGGAAACCUUUUACAAAAUUCAGAUUGAAAUAUUAAGCCUUUAUGAUAUUGCUUGUGAUAAUUAGUGUAAAGUAAUGCUGCAAUGUGUUUUUGCUCUCUCAUUUUGGAUCAUGCCAAGCUAUGAAAUUUGAUUAGCUCAUACACAAAACUUUGUUGGC